AUGGCCAACAGAAUAUUUUUGUUGUGCCUCUUAGUUUCGUGUUUGACUGUAAACUAUAUUGAAUGUAGGAGAGGCGGGGGAAGGAGUGGUGGUAGAAGCAGAGGGGGAUCAAGUCACAGCUCCGGACACAGUUGGGGCUCAAGUCACAGCUCCGGACACAGUUGGGGCUCAAGUCACUCAUCAGGAAGUCAUUGGGGAAGCUCUUCAUCGUCAUCACAUAGCUACCCCUCAUCAUCAGGACUUUCGGGAUCAGGAUCACACGGAUAUCCCUCUUCAUCCUCUGGGUUAUCUGGUUAUGGCUCCGGCUCACAUUCAUACCCUUCGUCGUCAUCAGGAUUAUCUGGAUAUGGGUCCAAUUCACACACAUAUCCUUCUUCGUCCUCUGGAUUAUCUGGAUACGGCUCUGGUAGUAAAUACUCCCCCUCGUCUUCUGGAUCUACGUGGCACUUUGGAUCAUCUAGUUAUAGACCUACGUCUAAUCAUCAUUACUACCAUACUAACGCGCCACACUCAGUGCCAACAUACUACUCUACGCCACAGUACGUGUACAUCCAAGAUUACAGGAGCUCCAACAGUCGUUACGGAGACUUGUUGACUGGCUUAUCGCUGUACAACCUCGGUCGCUCGCACAGCCACUACCACAACCAUUACUAUUAUGACGACUACUACAGACACAGGUACAAUUCCCCAUCAUACGACUCCACCUACACACCACAAAGCAAGCCUCAAGAUGAAGCGAAUUGCGUACUGAAAGUAAAAGAAAACGGUCGCGAGGAUGCUCUAAAAAUUCCGUGUGAAAUUGUUUCAACCUUUACUCAAGAUAGUAAAAAAGUGACUCCACCGCAACAAACUCAAGUUAACAAAACCGAGUGUACAACAACUAUAACCAAAAAUACAGUGCCAGUGACUACAACAUCUACAGAGAAACCUUCAACAACAACGACUGAGAAAUCAAGUGAUAUUUUGAUAAAUUAUGACAAAAUCAACUUUUCUGAUCUUUCGUUAGAUGAAAUGUUGUCUCUGGCGAAUGGGAAAAUCACGAUAGGACCAGAUGGUUCUAUGUUAAUAGCAGUGCAGAGUACUCCCUCGCCCACUAUUCCAAGCAUCUACGGCAUGCCCACGGAUGCUGUAAGGAGUCCUGUGCCAUUAUAUAGAGCGAGAAGGUCAGUAACAGUACCAGUAACUACAGAGACUUUAUCAUCCGUGAACGGUACCGUAUCUUACAUCACCAAGACGGUGACGACGAACGCGACUAUGGUGAACGUGACAGUGUGUAUCACUAAUUCAUCCUUUGUUGAUCCUUUGAGUGUAAAAGGGUCACCGGUGGACCCUAACAACAUGGAGUGCGCGGUAGAGAUCCAAACAAAAGACGCCUUCUUACGCACUGUUAUCGAUUGUAAAACUUUGGUGACAUACGCCAAAAUGCCGGAACCUCAGCCGGAGACUGAACUCAGAGUGUUCAUCCUAACCAAAGACCAGAGAAAUGUGGAAGAGGAAGUAGUGGUAGAAGCGGAGGAGGCUUCUCAUCGAGUCGCAGCUCCGGACGCAGUUGGGGAUCAAGCUCUUCAUCAGGAAGUCAUUGGGGACGCUCCUCAACGUCAUCACAUAGCUACCCUAAAUCAUCAUCAGGACUUUCGGGAUCAAGCUCUCACGGAUAUCCUUCUUCAUCCUCUGGUUUAUCUGGUUAUGGGUCCGGCUCACAUUCAUACCCUUCGUCGUCAUCAGGAUUAUCUGGAUAUGGGUCUAAUUCACACACAUAUCCUUCUUCGUCCUCGGGAUUAUCUGGAUAUGGCUCCGGUAGUAAAUACCCCUCAUCGUCUUCUGGAUCUUCAUGGAACUUUGGAUCAUCUAGUUAUCCGUCAUCAUCAUCAGGACUUUCGGGAUCAGGAUCACACGGAUAUCCUUCAUCGUCCUCUGGUUUAUCUGGAUAUGGAUCCGGCUCUCAUUCAUACCCUUCGUCGUCAUCAGGAUUAUCUGGAUAUGGUUCCAACUCUCACACAUAUCCUUCGUCGUCCUCAGGAUUAUUUGGAUACGGCUCCGGCAUACGUGUACAUACAAGAUUACAGGAGUUCAAACAGUCGUUACGGAGACUUGUUGACUGGUUUAUCCCUGUACAACCUCGGUCGCUCGCACAGCCACUACCACAAUCAUUACUAUUAUGACGACUACUACAGACACAGGUACGAUUCCCCAUCAUACGGCUCCACCUACACACCACAAAGCAAGCCUCAAGAUGAAGCGAAUUGCGUACUGAAAGUAAAAGAAAACGGUCGCGAGGAUGCUCUAAAAAUUCCGUGUGAAAUUGUUUCAACCUUUACUCAAGAUAGUAAAAAAGUGACACCACCGCAACAAACUCAAGUUAAUAAAACCGAGUGUACAACAACUAUUACCAACAAUACAGUUCCUAAACCUUCAACAACGUCGACUAACGAGUCAAAUACUAAGUUAGUAAGUAUGGAUACUAUAAACUUUUCUGCACUUUCAUUGAAUGAAUUGUUCACUGUAGCGAAAGGCAAAAUGACGAUGGCGCCAAAUGGUUCCAUGAUAGUAGAACUGCCAAAUUCUCCUCCGCCGAGUGUAAACAAAACUUUACCAUUAAACGGAACGAGUUCAGUAACUACACAAACAUCGGUGAACGGUACCGUAUCUUACAUCACCAAGACGGUGACGACGAACGCGACUAUGGUGAACGUGACAGUGUGUAUCACUAAUUCAUCCUUUGUUGAUCCUUUGAGUGUAAAAGGGUCACCGGUGGACCCUAACAACAUGGAGUGUGCGGUAGAGAUCCAAACAAAAGACGCCUUCUUACGCACUGUUGUCGAUUGUAAAACUUUGAUGACAUACGCCAAAAUGCCGGAACCUAAGCGGGACACUGGCCGAGGCUGCGGUGAACAUUGCGCUUACCUCGCAACCCCGGCUGAAUAUCAGGCCGGCGCCCUGAGGCGCGCGAGGAACGCUACGCGCUGUACGCUUGGGAUUGGUUCUGGCUGGACGGCGAGCUACCCUUUCUCGCCGUCCUCAGACCCGGGUAACGGUAGUCGGAGAUCGUCUCUCAGUUCCCGACGCCCGGAGUGUUCGCGUUUUGCCGAGGCUAUGGUUCAGAGCGAGAGAAACAGGGAAGCCGUCUUUUCUUUCUGCAAAGAACGUGAUAUGCUCGCAAAGAACUAUCCUCCUCACACCCCAACCACCAUUAUUGGACGCUCCGGGCAUCGGUGA